UCCUUCAUUUUUUUAGAGAUCACAAUGUUCAGCAGUGUUUUAAUUUCAUUGGCAUUAUGCAUAACAUUCAUCAAGGCGUCCAACCAAUUCAUCGAAUGGACAGGUGCAACAUUUGAUUUCCCCGAUGAAACAACUGAACUUAACUACAAGACCAACGAACUGUAUAUUUCGAAAAAUAUAAUUGCCUCAUGUGCGGGUAUUUCCAACGAUGAUGUCUUCGUGGCCCUACCACGUUACAAACCAGGAGUUCCAGCCACUUUGGCACGGCUCUACUUGAUUCCUAAAUAUUCCGAACCAGUGCUGGUUCCUUUCCCAUGCUGGUCAGAACAAGAACUUUCCAACCAGACGGGUCUUAAAUGUGUUGUGCAUAUAUGUAUUGAUGCACAUGGAAUUCUUUGGGCCAUCGACAAUGGAGUGGUGAAUAUUCUUGAAAAUCCUAUAAGAAAAUGUUUACCAAAAGUGGUAGGCUAUAACAUAGCAACCGGAGAAAGGGUAAAAACACUUGAUAUGUCCGGAUUAGUUGUCAAAGCUUCCAGAAUCCAAUUUGUUAUUGCGGAUUAUGGUAAUGAUGGCCAGCCUUUUAUAUAUGUUACUGAUGCUGCUACAAGAUCUGUGCUAGUAUUUGAUGUUAUAGGCGAAAAAGGAUAUAGAUUGGUGCUUCCUAAGGCUAUAACUGAAGCCAGAAAAGACGUCCUUUAUGCCGCCUUAAUACAAAAAUCUGAUAGAAACAAAUAUCUUAUAUUAACAUACCUCUCCGGAUCAAGAAUAUUUUCGAUUCGCACUGAUUACCUCCGAGCGGGAGCCGCAACAGGAAAAGUUGAAGAUUUAGGAGUGAAAGAUGGAAAAAUAAUUGUACUUGGGACAGAUGGUGGGUCAGCGUUGUUCUAUAGGUACGAGGGAAAACCGGAAAUCUACAGAUGGGAUGCUAAUAAUUCAACUUUUUCGAGAGGAGAGAUGGUUUAUACUUCGCCGAGCUGUUAUUUGUCUACUUGCGUUAUGCCGGAUAUCAAACGAAGGAGCAUGAGGGUUCUGGAAAGUAAUUUUCCUGAUUUUUUUAAUGGCACCGUAGGUUGUGGAGUUAGCCAGAGGAUUACUUUGAUGGCUGGAAAAUAUUAAAUAGAUUUAUAAUUUAUAUUAUAUUUACUUCAUAGAAUUUAAAAAAUUAAGAAAUUUAAAAUAAGAUGGAAGAUAUAAGUAUCAUUUAUAUAUAUAUUAUGAAUUGUAGUUAAAAUAAGAAAUGUAUAUUUUUA